UUCUUCAUCUUCCUCGGCGCCUCAGAGCGAAGGUCCCACACGGCAGGGAGAAGCUCUGCGUGCCAAGUCGAGAGCAGGGAGAUGCAGGCGCCGGGGGUUUUCGUUGUCGUCGCCGCCGUCGUUUUGGGGGCUGCUGUGGCCAAGGACCCGUAUGGUGAAGAAUGCAAAACACUAGCAUAUCCUCCCUCAGGACCAACGUACAAAGGAAAGAUUCCCACCUACAUCAUAAAUCUUGACUUGCCACCAAGUGAGAGAUGGGUCCAGUUGGCACGUGACAAAGAUGCAGAGCUGAAGGAUGUCCUUAAGAUUGUGAAAGAUAUUUUAAUCACAUUCCUUCAUAGUGGAAAAGCCGUAGCAUCACUGGAAUCUAAAUUGGCUUGGUUAGGUUCCACCCUUCCCUAUCCUUUCAAUGAUGAGAUCAAAGGCAUUGCUUCUGCAAUUGAUGCUCCUUUAGGUGACAUUGUUCUGUUCAAUGUCUUCUAUGAAAUCUUCACAGUGUGCACUUCAAUAGUAGCAGAAGACCCCACAGGAAAGCUGUACCAUGCCAGAAAUCUUGAUUUUGGAUUGUUUCUUGGGUGGGACGUGAAUGCUAGUUCUUGGAGGACAACGCAGAAACUGAAGCCGCUCAUGGUGUCACUGGAUUUUCAAAGAAACAAUAAAACAGUGUUCAGGUCUGCAAAUUUUGCAGGCUACGUGGGAAUGUUUUCUGGAUUGAGGCCAGGCAUUUUUACUCUAACCAUGAAUGAGCGGUUCAGUCUUGAUGGAGGUUACAUUGGAGUCUUUGAGUGGCUCCUUGGCCAGAGAAACGGUUGGUGGAUGAGCUUUCUCACCAGAUCUGUGUUGGAAAACAGUACAAGUUACGAAGAAGCAAAGGACAGACUGGCUCAUUCAAAGCUUCUGGCUCCAGCUUACUUCAUACUAGGGGGAAACAAAUCCGGCGAGGGAUGUGUCAUUACACGUUCCCGUGUUGCAGUGUUGGAUAUCUGGGACUUGGACACAGAAAAUGGCGUCUGGUAUGUAGUGGAAACCAAUUAUGACCACUGGAAGCCUCCACCCUUUCUGGAUGACCGGAGAAGCCCUGCAAGGAGCUGUUUGAACCAAACAAAGCAAGAGAACAUCUCAUUGCCAGCUCUGUACAACAUUCUCUCCACGAAGCCCAUUCUCAAUAAGCUGACUGUGUCUACAACGCUGCUCGAGGUUUCUGAAGGCCAUAUGGAGACUUACCUGAGGGAGUGUCCGGACCCCUGUAGUCCCUGGUGAGGACUCAGGUGGCUUAUGAAAUGGAUGCUCUCCGGGCAGGAAAAGACAGAGGCUGUACUUCAUCCAAGACUCCCCUUCACUUGCAGCGUGUCUUAUGAGAUGAUGAUUUUCUAAGCCUGGCAGUUAUGCAAUGGUUUGCCAGUGUAAACCGUACCCCUUGGAUUUAACAUACUCUUAAGGUGCACUUCCUAUGAAUUGAAACUUAAACAGUGGGCUUUUUGGAUCCCUAUUUCCUUACACGCUGCUUCAGCCCGUCAAUGUUUAGGAAAUGUCUUGCAGUGCAAUCCCUGGGCAUGAUUUCCUCCGAAGUUUAGUCUCUCAGGCUUGGUCCCGGAGAUCUGUUGUAGGCUUAGAAAUGGCAUUGUACAAACUCCCUUCAGGUGGAGGGUUGCUGUCAGUCUUUUAAAAGAAAGCCCAGUGUUUGGCCUUGAGAUCCGACUGCCAGCUGCCUCUGCGCCACAGUUUCCCAGUUCUGAAGAAAUAUUGUGGGGCUCUUGGCCUCCCCAGUUCCAUCUCUUCCAAACUGGGAGCAGGGGUCAUUUCCUACAGCAUGGCAAUCUCCUCCAGCCUUCGAGGGCUAUCUUGGCUCCUUCCUGUGGAGAUUUCUCCCCCCACCCUUUUCUUUUUUAAGAGCUGGGAAGGGAGAGCAGCGCUAACCUUACAAAACUCUUUCCUUAAGUUAACAAACAGAUGGCCAGGCUGCCUCUCCUGUUCUCUUAAAGAGCGAGGUGGUAGCAUUAGCGGCAGGUUUAAGCAUGGGAGACUUCUUAGCUGGGCUAAUACGAAUUGUGCUGCUUUCAGUGCAAGCAGGCAGGUUUUAAAUUGCUGCUUUUUAAUGAGCAUAAUUGGCUAACCUGGGGAAUGAGUAGUGGUUUGGGGCAGGGCUUUUUUUUUUUUUGCCGGAACUCAGUU